AUGACCUCGUCCCAGACAGAGGAUGGGGUCCUGGCCCUGCCCCCUGGCGACGGAUUGCUCUUUGAUGUCGCCGUCUUCAGGACAUACCUCGGGAGCUUACUGUCACUUGUGAUGUCGGCGACUCCCCAAGAACUCAAUGAUACUCUGUUCGAAGACCCCAAUUUUGAUGAAAAGACGGUAAGGUUUGCUACUGACGUAGGUUGUCAAGUUGUGUAUAUCACGAAAGAACGAUACUUGGAUGUAGACGAAGAAAAUUCACCUGUGGCACGGAUCACCUACCGACUUCACCUCCCACCGACCCCUCCCCACUCCUCACAUACUCUCGGCACCCUUGCCCUGAUCAAAACCUCACCCACGCUCGACUCUAUCAAUGCCCUCGGUACUCAGCUCCAUUUCCUCCAACUUUCAUCCUCCACACCCUACGACGGUCUCCACAGCCUCGUGCACUGGGGUGUGGCACCUUGGUUCGACUCGUAUGUCAGUUCCAAGCAGUCUAUCGCAACUCUGGGCGAGGUAACGAGCAAGAAGGGUGGAGAGGCGCAGAUGGGUAUCCCAGUCACCAAAAAGAAGUUUGCCGAGCUCGAGCUAUCUUUGCUCCAUUUGAAGCAGAAUGUUGAGAUACCCGAAGUGCACCUUUCUGUACACCCUGCUAUCCGAAAGGCGGUGAUUCAUUGCCGCAGUACGGGUCAACGUGUCUCUCCCGAUGCCGUCGAGCCCCAAUCCCUUCUCUCCGACCCUGCUUUCCUGAACAAGCUCCAAGCAGAUGUCAACUCGUGGAUCAAGGAGAUUCAAGCCGUCACGAAACUGAAUCGUGACGUGUCCAGUGGUACGGCUUCGCAAGAGAUCAACUUUUGGUUGAGUAUGGAGCAUGCUUUGGAGGGUAUCGAAGCGCAGUUGGGUGGUGAGGAGGUGACGCUGGCUUUGGAUGUUCUCAAGCAUGCCAAGAGGUUCCAUGCCACUGUCAGUUUUAUUGCAGACACUGGUCUGAAGGAGGCUGCCGAUCUUGUCCACAAGCACAACAUCCUCAUGAAAGACUUUCCCCUGGACGAGCUUCUCGCCGCUACGGAUCUCGAAAAGAUCCAAGACGCCAUCUACCUGAUCUUUGCGCACCUGAACAAAAAGCUCAAGCUCAGUCCCUACCCCAUCCGACGCACCCUUCCUCUCGUCGAAGCCAUCUCGUCAGACUUCAACGACCAGCUCUUAAAGAUCUUGAGCUCGCAGAGGCUGAUGUAUAUGGACUAUGCCAAGUUCGAAGAAGUCAUGGCUCUGGGGGCGGAAGUGUUUGGGACGUGGGAGGAGAAUAUGAAGGACUUUACAAAUGUUGCGCGUGAAGUGUCUCGCAAGCGAGCAGAGAAGUUCAUCUCUAUCAAGAUCAACCCCGUGCAUGCCAAGCUCCAAGAGCGCAUCACCUACCUCCGAGCCUUCCGCCGAUCGCACGAACAGCUCCGAGUCAUGACCAGCUCCACCCGUAGCUUCACCGGUCUCGGCGGUGAUGCGCCUUUUGAGAUCGACAUGGAGCAGGAAGUGCGACUCAGUUACGAGAGCGUCAAGAAUGUCGACGUCCUUGAUGUCUCGCCCGAGGGCUCAGAGAUCUGGUAUACUGCCGAGACGGCGUACAAUGACCGAGUUGCCAGAAUCGAAAACCAAAUCAUCUCUCGAUUACGAGACAAGCUCGCCACGGCGCGAAAUGCCCAGGAGAUGUUCCGAGUGUUCUCCAAAUUCAACACUCUGUUUGUCCGACCCAAAAUCAGAGGCGCCAUCCAAGAAUACCAAACGCGCUUGAUCGAAUCCGUGAAAGAGGAUAUCCGACAGCUCCGUCAGAAGUUUACUGCUAACUAUAGGAACUCUCAAGCGUAUCACAUGUCGCAGAUGCGUGAUUUCCCUUCGGUCUCGUCGGCCAUCAUUUGGGCACGACAGAUUGAGCGUCAGCUGUUGACGUAUAUGAAGCGCGUCGAAGAUGUUCUCGGUAAAGGUUGGGAAUCAUACGCGGAUGGUCACAAACUUCAAGUUGAAAGCGCCUCUUUCCGAUCCAAGCUCGAUACAAGGCCGCUCUACGAUGCUUGGAUUAGCGAUAUCACGAAGCGAGGCAACUUGACGAUCACUGGUCGACUAUUCGAUGUCAUCAGAACGCGAGCGACGGCUACAAAUGCUCAAGGUCAGCUCCAGCUCGUCGUCCAGUUCGACCCACAGGUCAUUGCGCUCUUCAAGGAAGUCCGAUCCCUCAUCUGGCUCGGCUUCCCCGUGCCGCUGACUAUCAGUCACAAGGCCAAGGACGCGAAGAGAGUCUACCCGCAUGCGGUCAGUUUGAUGGAGUCUGUGAGGACGUAUACACAGACCUUGGAUUUGAUCGAGAAGAAUGCGGAGGUGGAGAUCCUCUUGGCGAGUUAUCGGGCUCACGCGCAGCAGAUGAUUGAGCGAGGCAUCAAAAUGCAAUGGGACCACCUCGUCAAUGCCUAUGAAGGCCACCGCUUUUUACCUGGUGCCGCUGCCGACGGUCGAGAAUCCCGGCACUUCCUCUUUGUUCGCGAGUUUGCGAGUGUCAUCUCCUUACUCCAGGACAAGACCAACGCUCUUAUUGAGAUCUACAACGACAUCAACCGAAUCGUCGACGAGCUCGCCGUCUGCGACUACAACACUGAGGCGUUCUCCUCUUUGCUUACUCAGAUCCAAAAGUUUGUGGAUCAUCUCAAUUUGGAGAACUAUAGCAACCUCGAUGCUUGGGUCGCUACGUUGAACGAGAAGAUCGACAAGGUUCUGAGCGAGAGGUUGACCAACGCCAUCGAUAUCUGGUGUAGCGAGUUCAGCAAGGACGAAGACGCGCCUCACGCUGAAGUCGCCCUGCCUUCUGGUCACAAGAUGGAUAUUACCAUCGAACCUCUGAUUCACGAGAUCCGAAUCAGAAACCAGGUCAUCUACCUUGACCCGCCAAUUGAGCUUGCAAGGCAAGAGUGGCUUGGGCAAUUCCAGGACGCCCUCGGUAUAAUCUGUAACUUCAACAGAAUCAGGAGUUCGAGAUAUGAGAUCAGUCUGCAAGUGGAGGAGGCGAGUGUGGAGGAGACGACGUAUAUCGGUUUGCUCACCACUUUCCCCGAUGGCACCCUUCAACAACCCCUUGCCCUCAUCCAAGACAAGGUCCAAACUGUUUCCGCCUACGUCGACAAGUGGCUGCAGUUCCAAUCUCUUUGGGAUCUCGAAGCCGAGUUUGUCUACAACCGGCUCGGCGACUCCCUUUCCGACUGGGGCAAGCUUCUAUCCGAUAUUCGACAGACUCGUACCACUUUCGACACUGCUGAUACUCGCAAGGGCUUUGGUGUCUGCAUCAUCGACUAUACCAACGCUCAGAGCAAGGUCAACGCCAAAUACGAUUCCUGGCAGCGAGAACUGCUCACCAGGUACGGAACACGUCUUGGUAUCAAUGAGAAAGAAACCUACGCGGCCAUUUUGAAGGCACGAACGGACCUCGAGGGGCUUACCAUCGAAGGCAGUUCGACUGCUCGGGCUGUGUCUUUUAUCACCCUCGUACAAGACCUCAAGCGCAAGGUCCAGGUCUGGGGGCCAGAGAUUGAAGAGUUUGAGCGAGGCCAGAGGACACUGGAGAGGCAACGAUUCUCUUUCCCCGCCGACUGGCUCUACAUUGACCAGAUCCAAGGCGAGUGGGGCGCAUUCUCAGAUAUUCUCAAGAGGAAGGACGACUCGAUCAAGGAGCAAGUUGCUGGCUUGCAGCUCAAAAUAGUGGCCGAAGACAAGGUCAUUGACCAAAAGAUUCGCGAUUUCAUUGCCGAGUGGGAAGAGAACAAGCCUCUUCAGGGUAGCAUCAAAUCUGAAACUGCUAUCAACACGCUCAACGUAUUUGAGGGUCGUCUGAGUCGACUUUUGGAAGAGUAUGAUCUGGUCCACCGUGCCAAGGAGGCUCUUGACCUUGAGCAUACCAAGGACAACAGGCUGCAGCCCGUAAAUGAGGAAUUGAGGGACUUGAAGGCAGUAUGGACGGCGCUGUCGGGUAUAUGGGGCAGAUUGGCUCAGUUGCGCGACGUGCUUUGGACAGCUGUACAGCCUCGAAAGCUUCGCCAAGAAUUGGACGCUAUCCUUGCCUCAACCCGGGACAUGCCCAGUCGAAUGCGACAGUAUGUUGCUUUCGAGUAUGUGCAAGAAACUAUCAAGACGCUUUUCAAGUCGAACGUCCUUAUCGGGGAGCUUAAGUCUGAGGCAUUGAGAGAGAGGCAUUGGUCGAAGCUUUACAAAGCUUUGAGGUUACCCUCAUCCCACCAAGCGUCUUCCAUGACCCUUGGACAAGUUUACGACUUGGACCUCAAGCGUAACGAGGCUCUUAUCAAAGAAGUCGUUGUUCAGGCCCAGGGAGAAAUGGCGCUCGAAGAGUUUGUCAAGCAGGUCAAGGAAACUUGGACAUCCUAUUCCUUGGAGUUGAUCAACUACCAGAACAAGUGCCGCCUCAUUCGUGGCUGGGACGACCUCUUCAGCAAGUGUGGUGAACAUCUCAACUCACUCACGGCUAUGCGAAUGUCUCCUUACUACCGCAUCUUUGAAGAGGAGGCCGCUUCUUGGGAGGACAAACUCAAUCGAAUACAUGUCUUGUUCGAUGUCUGGAUUGAUGUACAGCGUCAAUGGGUAUACCUCGAGGGUAUAUUCUCUGGAAGUGCCGAUAUCAAGCACCUCUUGCCUGUCGAGAGCGCUCGCUUCCAGAACAUCAAUUCCGAGUUCUUGACAGUCAUGAAGCGAGUCAACAAGUCGCCUUUCGUGCUCGAUGUGCUCAACAUUCCUGGUAUCCAGAAAAACUUGGAAAGACUUGCCGAUCUUCUCACCAAGAUUCAGAAGGCUCUGGGCGAGUACCUUGAGAAGGAGCGAGCUUCUUUCCCUCGUUUCUACUUCGUCGGUGACGAAGACUUGCUUGAAAUUAUCGGCAAUAGCAAGGAUACCCGGCGUAUCCUGAAGCACCUCAAAAAGAUGUUUGCUGGUAUCUCCACCUUGCAAAUGGACGAUGAGGACACCCAACUGCUUGGCUUCUCUUCGCGAGAAGGCGAAGAAGUGUACUUCCGCGCGCCAAUCAAUCUGAAAGAGUUCCCCAAAAUCAACGACUGGCUUGCAAAGGUGGAGUCGGAGAUGCGCCUUUCUCUCGCUUAUCUCUUGUCGCAAGCUGUUGCCGAACUCGACGGUUUUUUCAAGCUCGAUUCUAGUUUGUCCAUCAGCGAUCUUCUCGCCUGGAUCGACUCGUACCCCGCCCAACUUGUUGUUCUCGCUGUACAAGUCGCUUGGACGAAUCUCGUCGAGACAUCCAUCUCGUCUGCCGGCUUGACCGGGGUACUCAGUCUUGUAUCACAAACACUGGACUUGUUGGCCGAUACCGUUCUGCAAGACAUACCUGUGCUUCAGCGACGAAAGUGCGAGCAUCUCAUCACCGAACUCGUUCACCAAAGAGAUGUCGGACGAUCUCUCAUCACCGCUGGAGUUCGCGACGUUGGUGACUUCACUUGGCUUUACCACAUGCGUUUCUAUUUGAACGAAAGUGACGGCGAUCCUUUGACAAAGCUCGAGAUCCGCAUGGCCGACGCCGUCUUCCCUUACGGCUACGAGUACUUGGGCAUCCCGGACCGACUUGUGCAAACUCCAUUGACCGACAAAUGCUACCUCACUCUGACUCAGGCUCUCGACAACCAGUUGGGUGGAUCUCCAUUCGGGCCUGCUGGUACCGGAAAGACCGAAUCAGUCAAAUCUUUGGGUGUUCAGCUUGGACGUUUCGUCCUAGUCUUCUGCUGUGACGAGACUUUCGACUUCCAGGCGAUGGGUCGUAUUUUUGUCGGACUCUGCCAAGUGGGAGCGUGGGGUUGUUUCGAUGAGUUCAAUCGAUUGGAAGAAAGAAUGUUGUCUGCUGUAUCUCAGCAGGUCCAAAGUAUUCAGCAAGGUCUUUCGCAAGCUGCCCAUGACCCUAAUGCUGAGGUUGAACUUGUCGGCAAGAGGCUCAGGAUCAACACUCGCACCGGUAUAUUCAUCACUAUGAACCCGGGCUACGCCGGUCGAUCAAAUCUGCCCGAUAAUCUCAAAAAGCUGUUCCGAAGCAUGGCAAUGACUCGACCCGAUCAAGAGCUUAUUGCACAAGUACUCCUUUUCUCCAAGGGAUUCCGAACCGCCGAGAUCUUGGCCUCGAAGAUCGUACCAUUCUUCAACCUCUGUGCUGAACAGCUGUCAGGCCAGCCUCACUACGAUUUCGGCCUUCGAGCUCUGAAAGCUGUGUUGGCGAGCGCCGGUAUUUUGAAGAGAGAAAGACAUUUGAGGCAGCUUGACGAGAAUGAAAGCGCUUCCGAGGUGGAGGCAGAUCAGCUUGUUGAACAACAGAUCAUGAUUCAAAGUGUGACAGAGACGAUUGUGCCAAAGCUGGUGGCGGAUGAUGUUCCUUUACUCAAAACACUUCUCGAGGAUGUCUUCCCGGGUGUUGCUUAUGUCCCUGUCAAUCUCGACGCGCUCAAAUCGAAAGUUCUGGAGGUUUGCAAGGAACGACACCUUGUUGCUCAAGACGCUUGGCUCGAAAAAGUCAUUCAGCUGUAUCAGAUUCAGAACAUCUCCCAUGGUCUGAUGAUGGUCGGCCCCUCCGGCACUGGUAAAACCCAGGCAUGGCAGGUUCUCCUGGCAGCACUGGAGAGGUUCGACGGGACCGAGGGGACUUCAUAUGUUAUCGAUCCCAAGGCUAUCGACAAGGAGGCUUUGUAUGGUACUCUGGACCCGACGACAAGGGAAUGGAAUGAUGGUCUAUUCACGCACAUCCUACGAAAGAUUGUAGACAAUGUGCGAGGCGAAACGUCGAAACGACAUUGGAUCAUCUUCGAUGGUGACGUUGAUCCCGAAUGGGUUGAAAACUUGAAUAGUGUUCUGGAUGACAACAAGCUCCUUACUCUUCCCAACGGUGAACGACUGAAUCUCCCUCCCAAUGUCCGCAUCAUGUUUGAGGUCGAACACCUUCGCUACGCUACUCUAGCUACCGUCAGUAGAUGUGGUAUGAUCUGGUUCAGCCAAGACGUCAUUGGCACAUCGAUGAUCUACGCCCAUCACCUCGAAGAGCUUUCGGUGGUUCCCGUCGGUACCGACGAGGACGAGGCACUUGACUACACCACCGGAGCAGACCCCAGCGGCGUCAGCUUGGACGUACAGCGCCAGAUUGUCGACCUUUUGAAGCCCUCUUUCGAGGCUGAUGGUCUGGUCAACUCGGCGUUGCAGUACGCUGAGAAAUCAGAGCAUAUCAUGGACUUCACUCCCGCGCGAGCUCUCAAUACCCUGUUCUCUUUACUCAAAGCGACCGUUCGCAAUGUGGUCGGGUACAAUGCUCGCCAUUCGGAUUUCCCUUUGUCUACCGACAAAGUCGAAGCAUAUGUUGCCCGGAGGCUUCUGCUCAACAUUGUCUGGGCGUUUGUUGGCGAUUCCAAACUAGACAUCAGGGCCGACAUGGGCCAGCACUUGGUCCGAGAGUCUGGUGUUGAGACGCCGCCCCUGGGUCCGGGAGCAUCUCUCAUCGAUUACGACGUAGAUGUAGCCACUGCUUCCUGGGUCUCUUGGCAAUCACGGGUACCUGCCAUCGAAGUUGAGACACACGCCAUCACCUCUGCCGAUGUGGUCAUCCCCACUAUCGACACUGUCAGGCACGAAGAGGUCCUCUACAGCUGGCUUGCCGAGCAUAAGCCAUUGAUCUUGUGUGGACCCCCCGGUUCCGGUAAAACAAUGACACUUUUCAGUGCCCUGCGUAAACUACCGAAUCUGGAGGUCGUGGGCCUCAACUUCUCCAGUGCUACGACCCCGGAACUCAUUCUCAAGACAUUUGAGCAAUACUGCGAGUACAAAAAGACACCCAACGGCGUUGUGCUGGCCCCCACGCAAAUUGGGCGCUGGCUCGUCGUCUUUUGUGAUGAGAUCAAUUUGCCAGCCACCGACAAGUACGGCACUCAGAGGGUCAUAUCCUUUCUGCGGCAACUCAUGGAGUGCAACGGUUUCUGGAGGACCUCUGAUCUUUCAUGGGUGAAGCUGGAUCGCAUUCAAUUCGUUGGUGCUUGUAAUCCGCCUACGGACCCAGGCCGUGUCCCUCUCAGCCAUAGGUUCAUGCGACACGCCCCUGUCGUCAUGGUCGACUACCCGGGAGAGAUAUCGCUCAAGCAAAUCUAUGGCACCUUCAAUCGCGCUCUCCUGAAAGUCAUUCCCACUCUGCGAGGUCACUCAGACGCACUUACUGACGCGAUGGUCACUUUCUACCUCGCGUCGCAGAAGCGGUUCACUGCCGAUAUCCAAGCUCAUUAUAUCUACAGUCCUCGAGAACUUACUCGAUGGAGCCGAGGUAUAUAUGAGGCUAUCAAACCGUUGGAAACGCUCUCUGUCGAAGGGCUCCUUCGAGUCUGGGCUCAUGAGGCCCUUCGUCUAUUCCAAGACCGUUUGGUGGCCGAAGAUGAAAAGAGGUGGACGGACGAUCUUAUCGACACUACCGCUGCCGAGCACUUCUCCAGCUUGGACUUGUCGUGGGCUCUGAAACGACCUAUUCUUUUCUCAAACUGGACAUCGAGAAACUACAUCCCCGUCGACCGUGAGCAGUUGAGAGAGUACACCAAAGCAAGACUACGAGUGUUCCAUGAGGAGGAGCUGGAUGUGCAACUGGUGUUGUUCAAUGACGUGCUGGACCAUGUCUUGAGGAUCGACCGAGUCUUCAGGCAGAUUCAAGGUCAUUUGCUGCUCAUUGGUGUGAGCGGUGGAGGCAAAACCACCCUCUCCCGAUUUGUGGCUUGGAUGAACGGCCUGAGCAUCUUCCAGAUCAAGGUAUCAAACAAGUACACUGGCGCCGAUUUCGACGACGACCUUCGAACAGUCCUCCGCAGAGCGGGCUGUAAAGGAGAAAAGAUAUGUUUCAUCAUGGACGAAUCCAAUGUCCUGGACUCCGGAUUCCUCGAGCGUAUGAACACUCUCCUCGCCAACGCCGAGGUGCCAGGCUUGUUUGAAGGCGACGAGCAUGCUGCUCUUAUGACGGCGUGUAAAGAAGGUUCUCAGCGGGACGGCCUAAUGCUGGAUUCGCACGAGGAGCUAUACCGUUGGUUCACCCAGCAAGUUGCUCGCAAUCUUCAUGUCGUCUUCACUAUGAACCCGCCCGCCAAUGGUCUCGCUUCUCGCGCUGCGACCUCACCGGCUCUAUUCAACAGGUGUGUCCUCGACUGGUUCGGCGACUGGUCCGACCAAGCGCUCUAUCAAGUUGGUCUCGAGUUCACUCAGACGCUUGAUCUCGACCUGGCCACCUACGCGUCGCCAGCGCCUUUCCCGAUUUCUUAUAGGGAAUUGGAGUCUCCUCCAUCUCAUCGACAAGCCGUGAUCAACGCAAUGGUCUUCAUUCACGAGUCGAUGAAGAUCAUAACGACCAAGCUGGCUAAGCGUCAAGGAAAGUACAACCAUGUGACCCCGAGACAUUUCCUCGACUUCAUUAAUCAUUAUGUUCGUCUCUUUGUCGAGAAGAAAGAGGAGCUCGAGGAGCAGCAACGCCAUUUGAACGUGGGGCUCGACAAGCUACGUGAAACAGUCACGCAAGUCGAAGAACUUCGCCAUAGUCUUGCUGCUAAGAGCACUCAGCUGGAAGCCAAGAACGUUGAAGCCAACCACAAACUGCGCCAGAUGGUCAAAGAUCAGCAGGAGGCUGAAGCUAAAAAGACGGCUUCCAUCGAGAUUCAGGCCGCUCUUGUGCAACAAGACGAGUUCAUCCGUCAGAGGUCGAAUAUCGUCAAGGAAGAUCUCGCCCAGGCCGAGCCUGCUGUUCUCGAAGCUUUGGCAGCUGUCGGCAACAUCAAAAAGCAGCACCUGUCCGAAGUCAGGUCGAUGGCCAAUCCACCGGAGGCCGUCAAGCUUGCCAUGGAGUCGGCCUGCACCGUGCUUGGACAUCAUAUUGACAACUGGAGGGCUGUCCAGACCCUUAUUCGCAAGGACGACUUCAUCUCAAGCAUUCAAAACUUUGACACCAAGAAAAUGUCAAAGAAUCUGCGCGAUCGUAUGAUCCGAGACUACAUCGACAAGCCUGCCUUCAACUUUGAGACUGUCAACCGUGCCAGUCGAGCAUGUGGUCCUCUGGUCCAGUGGGUCAUUGCUCAAGUCAGGUUUUCCGAAAUCUUGGACAAGGUGGCACCUCUUCGUCAAGAGGUAGCAUCGUUGGAAAAGCAAGCGGAGGCGACCAAGCAGCAGGCCCAAGUCGCUAUGGACACUGUGACCGAACUGGAAGCCAGUAUUGCUCAGUACAAGGACGAGUAUGCGUCGCUCAUCAGCGAGACUCAAUCUAUCAAGAGUGAGAUGGACCGUGUGCAAAGCAAGGUGGACAGGAGUAUGACGCUUCUGCAGAGUUUGUCAUCGGAGCAAGAGAGAUGGGAUGCUGGAAGCAAAACCUUCGAGACGGAGAUGGGGACUAUUGUGGGAGACGUCAUGAUCUCGGCGGCAUUCCUCGCGUACAGUGGUUUCUUCGAUCAACACUAUCGAGAGAUCAUGAGAAGAGAGUGGAUGGAGCACCUCGCGGAAGCAGGUAUCAAGUACAAACUUGACCUGGCUCUCUCCGAGUUCCUCUCUACCGCAGAUGAGCGACUGGGUUGGCAAGCGAAUGCUCUUCCUGCAGACAAUCUUUGCAUCGAGAACGCAGUCAUGCUCAAUAGGUUCAACCGUUACCCCCUGAUUGUUGACCCGACUGGACAAGCUACAGCCUUCCUCCAGAACGAGUAUAGCGACCGCAAGAUCACAGUCACGAGCUUCCUCGACGAGUCGUUCUUGAAGAAGCUGGAGAGUGCUUUACGAUUUGGCAAUCCUCUCCUGAUCCAAGAUGUCGAAAACUUGGAUCCUAUCCUCAACUCUGUCCUCAAUCGCGAACUUCGCCGCACAGGCGGUCGAGUUUUGAUCCGCAUCGGGAACCAAGAUAUCGACUUCUCCCCUGCCUUUACGAUGUUCUUGUCUACGCGAGACCCAUCGGUAGAAUUCUCCCCCGAUAUCUGCAGUCGUGUGACAUUCGUCAACUUUACGAUGACUCGAAGCAGUCUACAGACGCAGGCCCUGGACAAGGUUCUGAAGGCAGAGCGUCCGGAGAUUGACCAAAAACGUACCGACUUGAUGAAGAUCCAAGGAGAAUUCAGGGUCCGACUGAAUCACCUUGAGCGGUCUCUUCUGCAAGCUCUCAACGAGUCUUCCGGCAGCAUUCUAGACGACGACAAAGUGAUAGAGACUUUGGAGAUAUUGAAGAAGGAGGCGGCCGAGAUCACUGGCAAAGUGAAGGAUACUGAAGUAGUCAUGAGGGAAGUGGAGGCCGUCACAGCUGAAUACCUGCCGCUUGCGCAAGCCUGUAGUGGCAUCUUCUUCACCCUUGAACAGCUAGCCUCCAUCAACCACUUUUACCAGUUCUCACUCGAUUACUUCCUCGAAAUAUUCGACUACGUCCUUCUCCAAAACCCUCGUCUCAAGGGCAUAGUUGAUCUAGGAGGCCGAAAAGAUAUACUUCUUCAGGACAUCUUCUUGACAUCUUUCCAGCGAGCCUCCCGAUCCCUUCUACACACCGAUUACCUUGUCCUGUCCGUGAUGUUGGCCAGAUUAAGGAUGAGAGGAGAAGACGGAGCGCGUGUCAAUGAGGAGUUGGAUGUUUUGCUCGAGAUUCCCUCUGGGGGUGUGGCGCAAGGGUUGGUUCUCUCGGCUGAGCAGAAGCGGGUGAUGGAUGUAUCCAAUCAAUUCCACAAACUGACACACAACAAGGCCUUGGAGCUUGACUUUGCCGAGAAUAAGGGUCGUUGGGAGGCUUUCAUGCAAGCGCAACAGCCCGAGAAAUCAGUGCCUUGGCCUUGGGCUCCAUCUGACACUCUUCUCACUGCCGCCAGACAUAUGAUUGUCAUCAAGAUUCUCCGACCUGACCGAUUGCUCCAAGCUAUAUCUAUCUUCACGGAUCUCGCAUUCGGACUCGAUCUCGCUACCCAAGCGGAGUACAACUUGCAGACUGUGAUUACGGAGCAAGUCGGCCCUACAAACCCAAUCGCUCUGGCCUCCGUUCCAGGCUAUGACGCCAGUUACCGAGUCGACAACCUUUGCCGUGCCAUGGGAACUAGCUGCUCCUCGAUAGCCAUGGGUUCCGGGGAAGGAUUUGGUUUGGCGGAUAGGGCUAUUGCGGAGGCUGCUAGGGUUGGUACUUGGGUCUUGUUGAAGAAUGUUCAUCUUGCGCCUGGAUGGCUGGCCCAGUUGGAAAAGAGACUGCACAGCCUUUCUCCCAACCGCAACUUCAGGCUCUUCUUGACCAUGGAGACCAAUCCCGUAAUCCCUGUCAACAUCCUUCGACAGUCUCGAAUCAUCAUGAACGAGCCUCCUCCCGGUGUGCGUGCAAACCUUUUGGAUACCCUUCGCGGCGUGCCUGAAGCGCUGCUGUCUUCAGGCCCUGCUGAGAAGCCCCGUCUAUUCUUCCUUCUCGCUUGGUUCCACUCAGUGGUGCAAGAGCGUCUUCGCUACCUUCCUUUGGGAUGGAGUAAGAGUUACGAGUUCAAUGACUCUGACUUUGAUGCGGCUCUCAAUACCAUCAACACUUGGAUUGCUUCUCUGGCUAAAGGCAAGGCCAAUGUCGACCCUGCGCAGAUACCGUGGGUGGCGAUCAGGACGCUAGUCAAACAAACUGUUUAUGGAGGUCGCGUUGACUCGGACUACGAUCAGCGAGUGGUAGAUGCUUUCGUGGAUCAAGUCUUUACUGCCCGCGCGUACGAACCGGAUUUCAUAUUGGUUCAAGGCGCAGAUAACCAGGAAGGACUGGCGGUGCCCGAAGGGACACAGAUGUCGCAGUUCGUCACUUGGGCGCAAGGCCUGCCCGAAAGGGAACCUCCCGUCUGGUUGGGUCUGCCGUCCACUGCUGAGGGUGUGGUCGCUGCUGCUGAAGGUGAUUCUCUAAUAGCUAAGCUGAGGAAGAUGAGGACCACGGAGGACGACGAUGACGACGGACCUGUUUCUGGUGGCUCCACUGGACGGCCAGCAUGGAUGAUGGCUCUCAAGGGGCACGCUGAGCAGUGGCUAUCUACGCUGCCGGAGGCGCUGUCUACAUCUGAUAAAUCAUCUCCCACACAAUCACCCCUUUCUCGAUUCUUCAUCCGAGAAACCUCCACUGGGUCCCGCCUUCUCAGCCGUAUCCGACGUGACCUUUCCGAGCUCAUACAAGUAUGCCUCGGCGAUCUCAAGCAGACCAACGAACUCCGCGCCCUCAUGUCUGAUCUCAACAAGGGCACUAUUCCCUCCCACUGGCGUAAAUUCAAGAUUCCUCGCGGUACUGCUGUCAGUGAAUACGUCAACAAUCUGUCAGAGAGGCUGGCUCAGCUGGAGAAACUCUCAGCCGGAGCGGUCGAUGCAGAGAAGGGCGUGUGGCUGGGUGGUUUGUUCCAGCCGGAGGCUUACAUCACCGCGACGAGACAAGCCGUGGCGCAUGAGAGAGGAUGGUCCUUGGAGCAGCUGGUCUUGGGCAUAAGCAUUGCGAAUACCGGCGAAGCAGAUGCGUUUACUGUGCGAGGUCUAACCCUGCAAGGCGCUACCUGGACCUCUGCUCGCCUGGCGUUGAACGACGGACAGACUGUUCCCCUCGAGCCUUCACAGAUAACCUGGAAGUGUCACGACGAGGUCUCAAAGGUCGAGACAAUGUCCGUUGUCAAUGUCCCCGUUUAUCUCAACAACGAUAGGAGUGAUGUUCUUUUCGGUGUCAAUUUGGAGACAGAGGAGGGCGGGGAUACCCUAGCCCAGAGGGGCGUAUGUCUGACUGUUGCUUGA